ACACUGAGACACACACACUGACGGACACACACACACACACACACUGAAAGACACACAGACACAAACCGAGACACACACACACUGACGGACACACACACUGACGGACACACACUGACACUCGGACUCACUCGGUGAUUUUCGGUAAACGGGAAUAAAUCGGCGCGCGGACUGAAGCUCUGACUGACAGGUUGGACCGUGUGUGUGACCCGGGACAGGACCGGGACCGGGACCGGGACAGGACCGGGACAGGACCGGGACCAGUACAGGACCGGGACGGGACCGGGACGGUGAAUGUUUCUGUUCCUGGAGGAUUCAGUGACGUCGCUGCGGUUUGGCUUAAAGCUAAAAGCUGUUAGCUAACGGCUAACGGCUAGCUAACCUCAGGACCUGGAUAAAGACCUGGUGCUUCAUGUCUGAGCUGUGGGCCUGACGCCGGGCUGAAGGUCGAUCUGUCCGAUGACCUUCCAGUCGUCCGACUCCACAGAAACUAUCGAGAGCAACAGACGAGUCGACAACAACCUCAGAGCUGUUGAAUCAGACGAGAGCCGCAUCGCCUCGGCCAUGAAAGAGCUCAGGAACACAGGCUGGUACUGGGGAACUCUGACCGCUGCAGAGGCCAAAGAGAUCCUGCAGGACGCAGCUGAGGGCACCUUCCUGGUGCGGGACAGCUCUCAGAGGGACUACCUGUUCACCAUCUCCGCCAUGACAUCGGCGGGUCCCACCAACCUGCGGAUUGAGUACAAACAUGGUAAAUUCAAGCUUGACUCGGUGGUUCUGGUGAGGCCGAAGCUGAAGCAGUUUGACAGCGUGGUCCACCUGGUGGAGCACUACGUCAUGCUCUCCAAGACCAGCGACAAGACGGCAGCAGACCCUCAAUUCUCAGCGGCGCCGCCCAACGGCACGGUGCAGCUGCUGCUCACCAAACCUGUGUACACCGCUACGCCAUCGCUGCAGCACCUGUGCCGCAUCACCAUCAACAAGACGACGCGGCAAGUCCAGGAUCUGCCGCUGCCCAACAGACUGAGGGACUAUCUGACGGACUACGCCUACAAUGUGUAGACACAGAGCGACUACACCUCCGUGUGGAGCAGUACCACUGCAAGGCAUCAGCUGUGUGCAACGCCACCUGACCUUGGAUCAGUCCCAUCAUCGGUGCCUACAGGCCGGUCAGAGCCACAGGCAAUAAUUGGCGGUGAGUCGUCAUGGAAGCAGGCGGAGUUUGUGUGUGAUACAGACGUUAACACAGAAACUGACCACGAGCGACGCAACACGCCCCAGAUACACACUCACAACCUGCACACACACUUCCCAAUAAUAGUUUCAAAUUAAAACUCGUCUAAAAUGUUUUAGGGAUUUUUUUAUGAUCAAUAAUCUAUGACCCACGACUGUGGUUACAUCAUGUAACUGUAGUUCUAUGAAAUGUAAUUAUUCAUUUGUUCAUACAUCAAAUGAAUCUGAAUGUUUUUGCAGUGAAACAAACGUAAUGUCCCUCACGUCAAAUGUUCUCACGGUUGAAUAUCAGCCGACCUCCGGCCUCCUCCAGCUCCUCUGGUCUGUGAGGGAUCACUUUUCAGUUCUAGAUCCUGGACGCUGUGGUCGUUAAACAGUCGCUCUCUCAGGUAAACACGACUUGUUGCAUGUUUGUUCACAGGUUUGAUGCUCAUGUUGAUGUUCUUCUUCUGUUAUUUUCUAUAAUCGUUGAAUGGCCUCCGUCUCCUGCUCUGUGGCUAAAUGAGUAAAUGUAUAUUUACCGAAGGUAACAGGAAGUGCAGAUGUUUGUACAUAUCACAGCUGUUUGAUUUUUAUAACCUAUUUAUUGAUGGUGUCACACUGUGUGUUUGUGCAGAAGCUGCACACACAGCAGGUUCGGGGCCUCUGUCAAACAUGAGAUGAAUAAAGUUUCAUAUGGUGCUUCA